UGUCCCAAAUAUAACCAAAACAAGAGAUAAAAACCCAACUAGUGAAGGUCACAACCGUGCCAAAUGCUUUUCUCUUCUUUAAAUUUAAUUCCCAAAAAUACCAACCCCACAAACAUUGAAUGAAUGAAUGAAUGAAUGAAUGAAUGAAUGAAAGAAAGAAAGAAAGAACUCAUUCUAAGCUACUCCAAUGGCCACCAGUACAUCUAUCAUCCUUAGAAUGAAACAUUCACUCCUUCUCUUCAUUGCCAUUACCUCUUUCUUCAUCAUCAAAACACUUCUUUUCCGAACCUUAGCUUUCCAACCAACUCUCUUUUCAUCCUCUUCUCUCAAUGAAACACUUUUCCGGCUAUCCGCCAUUGAUCCCGGCGAUGCUGACCUUCGAAAACAAGCUGAAUACCUCCUUGACGCCUACGACUCCUCAUCGGCCACCUCACUACCAAUCCGCAAACACCAACCACGCUCUCUCCGCUCCGCCCACCAACCCUUCCGUUCUCUCCCGGACUUCGGCCGUCUCCUCCGCCAAUGGUUCCUCUCCAAACGCUACAACCCACGCGUCAUCUCUGACCUCCUCCCACUCUACAAGCCAUUGAUAACCCAAACAAACUCCACCCAUCCCUACUCCUCCUGCGCCGUCGUCGGCAACAGUGGCAUUCUCAUAAACUCCAGUCACGGCAACCUCAUCGAUAGCCAUGACUUCGUCAUCCGCCUCAACAACGCGCGCAUCAAUGGAUUCCAAUCCGACGUCGGCGCAAAAACCAAUCUUUCCUUCAUUAACAGCAACAUACUCCACUUGUGCGCGCUCAGAGAUCGAAAUCAUUGUUCCUGCCACCCGUACGGCGCCUCCACCCCGAUCAUGAUCUACAUCUGCCAAGCCAUACAUUUCGUCGAAUACCUUACGUGCAACUCAUCCCACAAGUCUCCGCUGCUCAUCACUGACCCACGCUUCGACGUGCUAUGCUCGCGGUUGGUGAAGUACUACUCGUUGAAGAGGUUUGUGGAAGAGACGGGGAGAUGGCCGGAGGAAUGGAGCAAGACUCAGGAUGAGAAGAUGUUCCAUUACUCGUCGGGGAUGCAGGCGGUGAUGGUGGCGGUGGGGAUGUGUGAGCGUGUGAGCUUGUUUGGGUUUGGGAAGAAGGCGAAUGCGAAGCAUCACUACCACACGAACCAGAGGGCGGAGCUGGACUUGCAUGACUACGAAGCCGAGUACGCGCUGUAUCGUGAUUUGGCAACGCGGCCGCAGGAUGUUCCUUUUGUUAAGGACUCGGGUUUCAAGAUUCCACCCAUUGUUUUGCAUUUGUGAUGAAUGAUUGAUAGUAGUAGUACUAG